ACUCCGUCCGGGAGGGGGCGGGCGUGAGGCGCGCCGUCCGCCUGAGGGGCUGCAGACCCCGGCUCCCGGGAGCGCCGCGGCUGGCUCGGCUGUUCCAUGUGGCUCCGGCGGGGAUGGAGGACUCGGUGGCGGCGGCGGCGACUGCUGCUGCGGCGGCGACGGAGGAGCGGCGCUGAGGAGGGAACCGGGCCAGACUCAGCCCGACAGCGGGAUUAGAGUCCUCCAGAAUACACAUCAUAUAACCCCCGAGGUGGAAUGAUGAUGUCUCCAUGAGGGAACCUCCUCUCACUCAUCCUGUGAUGUGUGUCAUACUGUUCUUGACUGGGCCAUUCAUCUAAGAUGUGAUUUACCCUGUGAAACAGGGAGAAGACUUAUGGACCCCAAACAUCAUUUCAAGUUGUAGUUGAGUUUUUAAAAGUACAGACAUAAAUGCAAAGCUCCUUUGCUUUGGACCCUCUGCUUUGUUAGAGCUGCUGUGUUGCUAACCCAGAACUGCUCCACUGUUUUGACUGAUCAUCAUGGCUUCAGUUUGGAAGAGACUACAGCGUGUGGGAAAACACGCAUCCAAGUUCCAGUUUGUGGCCUCCUACCAGGAGCUGAUGGUUGAAUGUACCAAGAAAUGGCAACCAGAUAAACUGGUGGUAGUUUGGACGAGAAGAAGCCGAAGGAAGUCUUCCAAGGCUCAUAGCUGGCAGCCUGGAAUAAAAAAUCCAUACCGUGGUGUUGUAGUGUGGCCUGUUCCUGAAAACAUUGAAAUCACUGUGACACUUUUUAAGGAUCCUCAUGCAGAGGAAUUUGAAGAUAAAGAGUGGACAUUUGUCAUAGAAAAUGAAUCCCCUUCUGGUCGAAGGAAAGCUCUUGCUACCACCAGCAUCAACAUGAAACAGUAUGCAAGCCCAAUGCCAACUCAGACUGAUGUCAAAUUAAAAUUCAAGCCAUUGUCUAAAAAAGUUGUAUCUGCCACUCUUCAGUUUUCAUUAUCUUGCAUUUUCCUUCGGGAAGGAAAAGCCACGGAUGAAGACAUGCAAAGUUUGGCUAGUUUAAUGAGUAUGAAGCAAGCUGACAUUGGCAAUUUAGAUGACUUUGAGGAAGAUAACGAAGAUGAUGAUGAGAACCGAGUGAACCAAGAGGAAAAGGCAGCAAAAAUUACAGAGCUUAUCAACAAACUUAACUUUUUGGAUGAAGCAGAAAAGGACUUGGCCACUGUGAAUUUAAAUCCAUUUAGUGAUCCUGAUGUAGCAGAAUUAAAUCCAUUUGGAGAUCCUGACUCAGAAGAACAAAUCACUGAAACAGUUUCACCUAAAAAACCAGAAGAAUCCUUUUAUAAUGACAGCUAUAAUGCCUUUAAAGAGGUACAGACUCCACAGUAUUUGAACCCAUUUGAUGAGCCAGAAACCUUUGUAACUAUAAAGGAUUCUCCUCCCCAGUCUACAAAAAGAAAAAAUAUAAGACCGGUGGACAUGAGCAAAUAUCUCUAUGCUGAUAGUUCUAAAGCUGAAGAAGAGGAGUUGGAUGAAUCAAAUCCUUUUUAUGAACCUAAACCAACUCCUCCUCCAAAUAAUUUGGUAAGUCCAGUUCAAGAACUGGAAACUGAAAGGAGAGUAAAAAGAAAAGUCCCGGCCCCACCAGCCAUCUCACCAAAGACAGGAGGAGUAAAUGAAAACACAGUUAUGUCUGCAGGAAGAGAUCUCUCCACUUCUCCUAAGCCGAGUCCUAUACCAAGUCCUGUUUUGGGACGAAAGCCAAAUGCUAGUCAGUCGUUGCUUGUAUGGUGCAAAGAAGUUACAAAAAAUUACCGGGGAGUGAAAAUCACCAAUUUUACUACAUCGUGGAGAAAUGGUUUAUCUUUUUGUGCAAUAUUACACCACUUUAGACCAGAUUUAAUUGACUACAAGUCUCUGAAUCCUCAAGACAUUAAAGAGAACAACAAAAAGGCAUAUGAUGGAUUUGCCAGCAUAGGAAUUUCCCGGUUAUUGGAACCUUCUGAUAUGGUUUUAUUAGCAAUUCCUGACAAACUGACUGUUAUGACCUAUCUCUAUCAAAUUAGGGCACAUUUCAGUGGGCAAGAAUUAAAUGUUGUUCAAAUAGAAGAAAACAGCAGUAAAAGCACAUAUAAAGUUGGAAACUAUGAAACAGAUACAAAUAGUUCUGUUGAUCAGGAAAAAUUCUAUGCAGAGCUUAGUGACCUGAAACGGGAGCCUCAACUGCAGCAGCCUACCAGCGGAGCAGUAGACUUCUUAUCCCAGGACGACUCUGUAUUUGUAAAUGAUAGUGGGGUUGGAGAGUCAGAAAGUGAACACCAGACUCCUGAUGAUCAUCUCAGUCCAAGCACAGCCUCCCCUUACUGUCGCAGGACUAAAAGUGACACAGAACCCCAAAAGUCCCAGCAGAGCUCUGGAAGGACUUCAGGAUCCGAUGACCCUGGAAUAUGUUACAGUACAGAUUCAAACCAUGCACAAGUUUUGUUAGGCAAGAAGAGACUAUUGAAAACUGAGACUUUAGAAUUAAGUGACUUAUACAAUAGUGAUAAGAAGAAGGAUGUGUCUCCACCCUUUAUUUGUGAGGAGACUGAUGAGCAAAAGCUUCAGAAUCUAGACAUCAGUAGUAAUUUGGAGCAAGAAAAAUUAGAGAAUUCCAGACCCUUAGAACGCAGAUCAGAUCCUGAAUCACCUGUCAAAAAACCAAGUUUAUCUCCCACUUCUAAACUUGGAUAUUCGUACAAUAGAGAUGCAGACCUUGCCAAGAAAAAACGUACUUCCCUGAGGCAGACAGAGUCUGAUUCAGAUGUUGAUAGAACCACCUUAAAUCAUGCAAAUCAUUCUGCAAAAACAGUCCAGCAUCGAAUGUUAUCCAGACAAGAAGAACUCAAAGAAAGAGCAAGAGUUCUGCUUGAGCAAGCAAGAAGAGAUGCAGCUUUAAAGGCAGGGAAUAAGCAGAAUACCAACGCAGCCACACCACUCUGCAACAGGCAGCUAAGUGAUCAGCAAGAUGAAGAGCGACGUCGGCAGCUGAGAGAGAGAGCUCGUCAGCUAAUAGCAGAAGCUCGAUCUGGAGUGAAGAUGUCAGAACUUCCCAGCUAUGGUGAAAUGGCUGCAGAAAAGUUGAAAGAAAGGUCAAAGGCAUCUGGAGAUGAAAAUGAUAAAGUUGAGAUAGAUACUAACGAGGAGAUUUCCGAAGGCUUUGUUGUAGGAGGUGGAGAUGAACUUACUAACUUAGAAAAUGACCUUGAUACUCCUGAACAAAACACUAAGUUGGUGGACUUGAAGCUGAAGAAACUCCUAGACACUCAGCCACAGCCUUCCAGCGCUGCUCACAAAGCUAUAACUGAAAGUUCAGAGCAAGACAUUAAGAAUGGCACAGAAGAUCUCCGGACUGAGCGAUUACAAAAAGCAACAGAACGAUUUAGAAAUCCUGUUGUGUUUAGCAAGGAUUCUACAGUAAGAAAAACUCAACUUCAGUCUUUCAGUCAAUAUGUUGAGAAUAGACCAGAGAUGAAAAGGCAGAGAUCAAUACAGGAAGAUACAAAGAAAGGAAAUGAGGAGAAGGCAGCAAUAACUGAAACUCAGAGGAAGCCAUCAGAAGAUGAAGUGCUUAAUAAAGGGUUCAAAGACACCAGUCAGUAUGUUGUAGGAGAAUUGGCAGCACUAGAGAAUGAGCAAAAGCAAAUUGACACCCGUGCCGCGCUGGUGGAGAAGCGCCUUCGCUAUCUCAUGGACACAGGAAGGAACACAGAAGAAGAAGAAGCUAUGAUGCAGGAGUGGUUUAUGUUAGUUAAUAAGAAAAACGCCUUAAUAAGGAGAAUGAACCAGCUCUCUCUCCUGGAAAAAGAACAUGAUUUAGAACGACGAUAUGAGCUGCUGAAUCGGGAAUUGAGGGCAAUGCUAGCCAUUGAAGACUGGCAGAAGACCGAGGCCCAGAAGCGACGCGAGCAGCUCCUGCUGGAUGAACUGGUGGCCCUAGUGGACAAGCGCGACGCGCUCGUCAGGGACCUGGACGCGCAGGAGAAGCAGGCCGAAGAAGAAGACGAGCAUUUGGAGCGAACUCUGGAGCAAAACAAAGGCAAGAUGGCCAAGAAAGAAGAGAAAUGUGUUCUGCAAUAGAAGCCAGACCAGAAUCUUGACCAACAUUUUAUUAGUCUUGGGUCCCCAGACCAGAAGAAGUCAUUCUCGUUGUUGAUUUAAAACUUGUAACAUUUUGUUUGGCUGGAUUGUACUUCUUUACCACUACCACCACCUCUUUUCCUCCCUUUUUUCCAGACAGUGUACAGAACUCCGAAAUAGCUUUGUUUAAGGAUUGUGUGUGUGUGUGAGUUAAUCAUUUCCUUGAAAUCAUGUAAAAUAGAUUGCACAGACAUCUUGUGAGUGAUUGGUAUUAGGAGUGUUCAAGAAACUGUUCAAAGAAGAAAGAAAAGAAAACUCUUCCCUCAUUAUUUUCCCUCAUUUUUUGAUGGAGGAAAAUUUUAAAACAUUUUUGUUAUUGUUGUUAUUGUUAAUAGCAUAAUGAGGGGUGGGAGGGGGCUUAAGAGGGAGGGAUAAGGAAAAUGUCAUGAAUGAUUUUUUUCCACUCCUGCCAUAUGUAACACUGAGUCUGUUACCUAAAUUUUAUAGUUAGAUCAUCUUCAAUUUACUCAUUAAACUGUGUUCUAUUUACCAGUGGGAUUUUCUGCAGUUGUUUUGCGUUUCACUAUGAAGAUAAUAGGGUACUUCUCCUCUGCUUUCUUUGGAGGAUGGCCCUUUAACGUAGCCUGAAACAAGUCCUGUGAUUUGAAGUGAGCUGUAAGGAUGGGACUAAUUGACAUGCAUUACUUUACAAAGACAGUCUUAUCAUUUGAGAAUGCGCCAUCUUUUUCUCUGGAUAAUUAUUUAUUACAUCUAGCUUGGUUCCUACAUUUUGUUGGGUCUCAAAAUUGGCUCAAGAAUGGUGUUAAUAUUUAUUCUGUAUUGAUAAAAGUCUGUCUUGCCAUUAUGAGUAAAUCCUCCAAUUAAUAUUUUCUUCUCUAGCAUAAUAGCACUGUCAUUUUUUUGUGAAAAUGGUUA